AAAUUAAUUAUGUUCUGCAUUUCAGUCUUCCGGAAUCAAUGCUUUUCCAGCCUUCCACUGCAAGACUUGGUUAAAUAUGGCAGUUUCUUUGGUCGAAAUCCCGUUCACACGGUGAUGCGAAACCCACCAUCACAUCCAGAGAUCGCCGUUGUAUUUCAUGGUGCAGAAGAGACCAACGCGGCAUCUUCUCAAUGGCACACCAAUUCUACAAUUUGGCAUUCGGACGUCUCCUAUGAGAAUCAGCCUCCAGGUACGACAUUCCUCUACCAUUUACAGGGUCCCCCCUGUGGCGGCGAUACGCUUUUCGUGAACCAAGGUGCUGCCUUUCGACGGCUAUCUCCUGCCUUUCAACAAUUUCUCAGACCAUUGAGAGCAGUGCACUCAGGGCUGGAGCAAGCCCAGGACAGCCAAGCGCGAGGGUUCAGUUGCCGCAGGGACCCAAUACAGACUGCGCUUCUAAUUGUUCGGACUCGUCCUGUCACUGGAGAGGAGGCCCUCUAUGUCAAUCCGCUAUUCACCCGCUACAUUCUGGGCUUGAAGACGGAGGAGUCUCAAGUGAUUCUUGGGUUUCUUUUUAACCAUAUCACUAGUUCGCCGAACAUUCAAUGCCGCGUGACAUGGGAACAGGGAACCACCAUUGUCUAUGAUGACCGCGUCACCGCACACACGGGGAUUUUCGACUUUGCAGAUGGUCAACUCCGUCAUUUGGCCCGUCUGACCCCUCAGGCCGAAGUGCCAUUUCACCUUUUAUCUUCCUCAAUAAAUGAGUGA